CCCCCCUCUGACGUCGGAGCCAAACGCGGACGGAACCCGGUUCCGAAGCUGGGAGCAAAAAGCUCGCUCUGAUGUCGCCUAUGUGGAAAUAAAAACAUUCCAAUUUCUCUCGCUUCUCUCUCGCCCGUCCUUCUGACAAGAUUCCAUCUGGAGCUUCUGCCGACUGAGAUUGAUUGCAUGGAGAGUUAAAGUAUAGCAGUCGUUGCGCGCGCGCAUAAAUCGAUUCAACUCGCCAGAACCUGUGACAGCCUUAGAGAGGGAGAGAGUUCUCUGAGCAGUCUGGUAUCCCAAAAGGGCCUUCUUCAUCUUUUCCAAUCUAGUCUGCUACAGAAAUUCAUGUCGUCGCGUGCUGCGGUCAUUAGGUGCCUGUGAUGGUCUUCGCUCGUGCUGGAAAUGGGCCAGUCCGAUACUCGAAUCGCCCGGUGCGCUCAAAUGGGUUAUCGAGUGCGGAGCUCAGAGGGGGAUCAAUUUGGGUGCUGGCUACACUUCUGCUCGUUCUCUGCUGCGCGCCUCUAAGGGGUUACUCCAUGACGGAUGCGCAAAUUGCGGCGUUGAGACAAGAAACGGUAGACGUAUUUUUCCACGGCUACGACAACUACAUGAAAUAUGCCUUUCCCGAGGACGAACUUCGACCGCUCUCCUGCGGACCAUUAACAAGAGAUCGCGAGAAUCCGGGCCAUGUGGCGCUCAAUGACGCUCUUGGAAACUACUCAUUGACGUUGGUCGACAGUCUCUCUACGCUUGCGAUUUUUGCUUCCUCAACUACAGACGAGAAUGGAGAAAGUAGAGGGCUGCAAAGGUUCCAAGAGGGCGUCAAAUUGUUCGUUGAGCUCUACGGAGACGGUACGGACGGACCAGGCGGCCAAGGGACAAGGUCCCAUGGCUUUGAUAUCGACAGCAAAGUCCAGGUUUUUGAGACGGUAAUUCGUGGGCUGGGAGGCUUACUGAGCGCCCAUCUCUUCGCAGUUGGAGAACUACCAAUUCGAGGGUAUAACCCACAAUUCCAGCCCAAUGGUACCGAUUCUGGCAGUGGAGAGGAUGGAAUUGCGUGGCCGAAUGGCUUCAAGUACAAUGGCCAACUUCUACGACUAGCACACGACCUGGGAAAGCGCCUGCUGCCGGCUUUUCGUACCCCAACAGGAAUGCCUUACCCCCGCGUGAACUUGCGGCAUGGCAUUCCAUUCUACGCAAAUUCACCCUUGAACAACGACCCGGAAAAUGGACAGUGCGAAAGGAACGGCGGCCGGACUGAAACAACCCCGGUAGAAAUCACAGAGACUUGCAGUGCUGGCGCGGGGUCUUUGGUGCUCGAAUUUACAACCUUGAGCCGACUUACCGAAGAUGAUCGCUUUGAAAAGCUCGGGAAAAAGGCCUUUUGGUCAGUCGUCAACCGGAGGAGCGCCGUUGGGCUCGUAGGUGCUGGCAUUGAUGCGGAGAGUGGCUUGUGGAUUGGGCCAUAUACAGGAAUCGGAGCAGGGAUUGACAGUUUGUUCGAAUACGCGUUCAAAUCUCACAUUCUCUUGUCUGGGACUGACACUGGAAAUGCCUUCCUGACGGAGACCCCUUCAAUCGAUCCCCGAAGUAAUAUUUCCAUGCAAUUAUCGGGUGAUGAGGAUACGCAUUCUGCCGACGCAUUUCUCAAGGCCUGGGAAGACGCCCAUUUCGCGAUCAAGCGCCACCUUUAUCGAGGCCCGUCGUAUCAUCAUCCGCACUAUAUCCAAGCGGACCUGAAUACCGGAGCACUACGAGCAUUCUGGAUUGAUAGCCUUAGUGCGUACUAUCCAGGUCUCCUAACACUAGGUGGUGAGCUGGAAGAGGCGAUUGAGACACAUUUGCUGUACACGGCGCUCUGGACUCGAUUUUCCGCCCUCCCCGAGCGGUGGUCUACCAUGACCGGCGACGUUGAGGGCGGACUUGGAUGGUGGGGUGGUCGUCCAGAGUUUAUCGAAUCCACUUGGUAUCUCUACCGUGCGACGCAGGAUCCUUGGUAUUUGCACGUCGGUGAAAUGGCAUUACGAGAUAUCAAACGGCGAUGUUGGACCAAGUGCGGAUGGGCUGGGCUUGAAGAUGUCCGCACUGGCGAGAAACAGGACCGGAUGGAGAGCUUCUUCCUAGGAGAGACUACCAAAUACCUUUUCCUCCUCUUCGAUCCAACUCAUCCCUUGAAUAAAAUUGAUGCGCCCUUUGUUUUCUCAACAGAGGGGCAUCCUCUGAUUCUUCCCCGGCAAACCCGGAACUUAAGAGAAAAGGGCACUGUCACCAAGCGUCGACAUGAUGACAGUCUUCCAGAGGAGACCAACGAGGCUGUUUGCCCCGUUCCCUCGUCCCAUAUACCACUCAGUAUUUCUGCCACAGCUGCCAGAGGGGAUCUUUUUCACGCAGCUAGCCUUGCAAGGCUCCAUCUUCGACCAAACAGCUCCAUCACCGAAUCUCCUUUGGUAGAAUUCUCAGCUAGUCAGCCAAGCAUUUCAUUGGCAGACUUACAAUCUCCCACGAAUUAUACAUUUUUCCCAUGGACGUUACCAUCGGAUCUCAUCCCGCACAACGGAACUUGCUCGAAGAUGGCUACCAGACUCACAUUUGACAUUUCAUUUCCUACUUUGCCUAAUACGUUCCCGGGCUCGGCCACUCUUCAACGCGUACGGGAAGGUAUCCUACUGCAUUCCAUGAGCGGUACAAAAUUGAGCAUGAUCAAAGAAGAUAUGCUUACGGCGACCGACGAGGGAGAAGUCGCAUCGAAGGACACGUAUCGAGUGUCUGCCGUCUCCCACAUCAUUCUUGGAAGGGACGAGAGAGUAUUCGUCCCCAGAGAUCUGGUGACCAACUUCAAUCCGCUGGAUCCGAAUUUUACUAGGAUCCGCGAUGCCGUGUGGCUCGAUCUUGUUAUCGACGCUGAACCUCCAGAGACGGAGGACCAUCUCGAGUCUCCUGUGAUUCUGGAGGAUGAUGGGGAAAUCGCGUCCUUGAUUGAGCCUACUCUCGUACUCGCCCAAAGUCCUGACUCCAUGCAAGAUACGCCAUCCAGUAUGCGUCUGGUUUUCAGCUCGCUCCUGCAGCAUGUAUCUUCCAUGCUCAGCGAGCCAAGUACGGGUUCUACCAAUCCGGAGCUUCGAGAGACUAUCCCUGCCAUUAUGCCUUCAGGCAUUGGCGCCGCGCCUCUCCCCGAAGUGGAGGAUGCGCCCGGUCUAGAUGCACCUGGUCUUUCCUUACCCUGGCAUAAGAUCUAUGUAGGGGACGACACAUGUCGUGGAAGACUGCCGAUGCAGGUUUCUCGAGAUUAUCAGAUUAUAGUCAUCAAACGAGGUGGCUGUAGUUUCAACGAGAAGUUGAGAAAUAUUCCAAGCUACCCGCCUUCCGCAUCUUCCCUUCAGCUCGUGGUUAUUGUGUCAUUUGCUGAAAAUGACAGGGAAUCUGUAUCUCCGGGCGAAGAGGAAAGCCUCCCCGAGGGAGUCUUUGUUCGGCCUCUGCUCGAUCAGGUGCAGUACACCAAAGGUGGCAUUCCGAGACGGCAUCCCAUUCCAAUGAUCAUGGUUGGUGGAGGGGACAAAACGUAUCAGAUGCUCCAGCAUGCCAAGGCGGUAGGCUUCCGGAGAAGAUACAGUGUGACGAGCCAAGGAUUACCCAUCUCAAACCUUAUAAUUUUGUAGUCUGCGUUUAAAUGCAUUUGUCGGCGUUUGGUGCCAAUGCGAUAAUGGCGGCUUUUUCCCCCACUUCAGUCCCAUAUUGAGACCCCCCUUCUCGUCUGCCUCUGGUUAUUUGCAAAAUCCGAUUAGAUGCAAGCGAUUUUUGUUGAGAUAUCCUUUUUCUUCUACAAGUAUAUAGUUGUUGGAGAUGAAUAGCAGCAUUCAGAGAAGGAAACGUGAAACAAAUUUUUGAAAGGCAUGCCGAUUGGAAGAAAACACAUGGUCAAUCUAUCACAUACUGGUGAGCGCAUCUCCUUGGCAUCUUGGGCCUCAAAGCCGGAAAGGUGCUGCAUAUCCAGUCCGCUCUGUUGUUUCAAUCUAUUGAGGCGGUUAGCUUUGAGCUACGAAAAGUACCGAGUAAAAAUUGUGGAUCGUCACUCGGGACUUCUCCAUUGAGCAAAAGUAUCCAGGGUUUGUAGCCGCAGACUAAGCUGAG